CAAAAUCAAGCCAUUCCAUCGCUCUUACAACACUGGCCCCAAAGGUGUGAUCGAAGACUAUGAGGAUGCGAAGGCAAGGUUGAAAGACAAAUGGGAACGCAGCAAAAUCAGAGAAGCUGAGUAUAUUUCAAAUAAAGUGUUGAAGACUUCAACAUUAGCGGACGAUGAAAGAAAAAAGGCCAUGUUUGAUAACUUAUUAGAGUCGAUUGAGGAAAAAAAACGCAUAAUUAGUGUGGUUGACUUUUGUGAAGGAAACCUAUACGAAAACAAAAUCGACCAAAACUUGUCAAGAAAAAAGUUCCAAACACUGUAUUCGAUUGAUAUGGAUGAUCUCGUAGAAUUUGUGGAUUCUGAAGAUGAGAAAACGAUCGUCUUGGUUCACAUUUGCCAGCAUAACAUUCGGGCGUGCACACGUCUGAACGAAGUCUUGGCACAGAUAAGCAUCGCCUGUCCGUACAUAAAAAUUGGAUAUAUAGAAGAGACAGGCAACCAGUUUAAGAAGGAGAUGUUACCAAUACUGAUUGUAUAUCAAAACGGUGAUGUCUUAGAGUCGCAUAUAAGAAUAAUAGACGAGAUUGGACAUAAUUUCGACUUCGACGAUAUCUUGAAUUUUCUCCUCGAUCGAAAAUACGUCAGCCCGUCAGAGGUUCAAUGCAUCAAUUGAUCACGCUAAGCAGACGAAAGAAGUAAUAAUGGAAUUACAGAUGCGAAUAAAUCUGAGCAAUAAAUCCAAAAAUCACGGACUUUGACGUACUAAAUUUCGCGAAUAUCUUCGCCUCACUUGUUACGUAAACAAUUUCCGGGGAUUGUAACAGGAACAUCACCAAUACGGCAAUUUGAUUUACAAGCUGAACUCUACCAGCCAAUUUUAAUUUCUGUUUUGGAUCUUUGAUCAUUUCUAAACCGCCGCCUGCGCCAAAAAACUGCUCAAAAAAAAAUCCAGCAUACAUCGUGUGUAUAUCGCGAUAUUUAUGCUUAUACAUCACCACGGAUAGUUCGCAUUGGUAUUAUCUAUUGAGACCGGU